AGUGUUUACCAGAUCUUAAGAUAAGAGCCGAUCGUUAUCCUUCGACUAUCGAUCAACCAAUCUAAAUUUUUAGAAAUGAUCAAGUUCAGCUGGUUCAGCUUGAUUUGUGAUUUCCGCGGGAAAACAAACGAAUGUGUCUGAAAACAUCGGUGUGGUUGUCAAGCCGAAUCGCCAUCAUAGAGAGUUAUCAUGGCUGAUUGGACCAAGAAACUGGAGGCUUUGGCCGAGGAAUCCAACCUCGAACUCAAGCUCAAAGCCCUCAAGGGGCUGAAAUCCGUGCCUAUCGCCCAAAUUGUGGAUGAAGUGGACGAGGUUUUUCGGAAAUCGGACCGCAUCCUGAUUCUGUGGCCGCAAUUGCUGUCCGUGUUGUGUCUCCCUGCGAGCAGUGCUCAAUGGGCGGAGAAGGACGAAUUAAUAUUUCAAUUAAUUCAAAAGGUCUUUCAACGACUAAUUGAUACUAAAACCAUUCCCAAUGUCCGCGCUCGUCGAGUCAUGGAAUGUUUUUUACCUCAUUUAGAGUCCUUGGGCACCACUCAGUUGGUUGACCUGGUCCGAAUGGCCACCGAGGCUUUACAAAUGGAACCUGAGCGUUGGUCCACGCGAUGGUUCGGGGUUUUAUCCCAGAUUUUGGGCGUUUUCCCGGCUCGCAGUCGGGUCAACGUGGAAGAUGUGGCCACAGAUGCUAUGAGUGGGCCCAAGUAUCGAUCGCAUUUGGUUCACUCCAUUUGCGGGUUCACUUGGCCCUCCUGUCAUGUCACGGCUCUGUGCUCAAUCUUCUUAGACUUGGCCUUGAGUCCGGAUGAGUUUCACGCUAUUCAGGAUUGUCUGUGUGAGCUCAUUCCGGAUUUGGCUCCGGCUGAAGUCCCGGCACUAGUCCAUCAGAUGAUGCGAUUGAGUCAGGAUCACGCCUCAGAAAAGCUCUUGGCCGCUUUGUCGCAUUAUUUUCGAAUUCGACUAGAAAAGGACACGAGCCCCUUGGACUCGGAGGACCUCAUUGAGGGUGAUCCCGAGAUCGGAGCCGUGAAACAGGCAGAAGGCACCGUUUUGUAUCACAUCACGAGUUCGAUUCGACGCGGUCAUCCCAUGGGCAAGGAUAUCAUAAAGGCUUUGAGGACGGGGACACAAUUGCCCGACGUGAUGUUGAGUCCCUUCACAGUCUACCUAGCCCUAUCGUUAACAUCGAUUAAAAGCAUGUCCCAGCCCAUCUUGGAACACCUAAAAAUGACCAUCUCCAAGAACAUAUCGUUUGGUUUGAGGAGGAAUGAGGACGCUUGGUUCAGAAAAGCCACCCAAAGCACUCACUCUACAUCGGUCAUGUUCCAUCGGCUAUUGGAUCAGACCUCAACCUAUGGAGGCUGGGAAUUGAUUGAAAAGGGCUGUCUGGAUCUGGCCCUUACGAUCUUGGAUUCAAGUCCGGGUUUGGGUAAACCUGAUAAGAAGCUCAAGGCUCUGUGGGCUUUGGGAGAUGAUAUACUAUGCCGGAUGAUCAAGACCUUUCCACACACGGUGGAAGUGGUGAUCAAGAUGAUUUGUAAGCGGAUUCUUGGAUCUAGACAAGCCUAUCAGUAUACGGAUUGCUUGCAAAAGCUGGUCCACGGGGCUGGUUGGUCCUUGGUUGACAAUCCCAUGUUGGUCAACGAUCUUCUCGAGCAAACCAGUAACUUGGGCUUAUCUGGUGCUCGCCGGGUGUUGAACGCACUUUUGCCGUUGGUGAAAUCCUCACGUGUUUUAAAGAACACCACCAUUCUCAUGCUGAGGAAAGCCUUGUUUGCUCGUUCAGUCGAGGUCAAACAAAUCGGCCUCAACGGAGUCUUACAAUUGAUCAAAAGCUUCAAGAUCUCGAGCUCACUUCCCGUCACUCAAAUGAGUCAAUCUUCCAGUGGAUUGUCGCAGAUCUCGGUGGAUGUACAUCGUGGUGGCACACCUACCAAUGAAGCUCUUUGUCUGGAGCUCUUGGGAGUCCUUCGACGUGGACUCAGUCAACACGCUUCAGUUCGUUUGAGCUUGUACCAGGGAUUAGGUGAUGUGUUGAGUCGCAACCCUCAACUGAGUGCCAAUAUUCUGGAGAUCUUGAGCCAGCAUCCGAUCAUGAUGGGAGUGCUGUCCCAAAAUGAGAGCAAUCACGGAGGUGAUGAUGUGGCACUUUUGGACUUGAAUUCGGUGAUCAAAGAAGAGCAAAAUAGCUCAACGAUUCAGGAUCCUGUGGGUUGGUAUCUUCAUUGCGUUCAGCAAAUGAUCACCAAGAUUGAAGUCGUCUACGGCGAGGACACGGAAAACCUAGAUGAUAAUGGUCUGAAGGAUAAAAUCACCGACUUCUUGAAUGACUUGGCGGGGAAAUACGCCAACUCUGAUUUGACUGACUUGAAUUUCGUCAAGGAUGCAGAUUACUCUCGACAAACCUUGGCUGGUGAAACCAACGCGAACAAGAUUGAAAUCUUGAAGAACGUCAUUGAAGCGUUGAUGGAGUUUACGAUCACUCAUGGGGGCGACGUCCAAUCCGACAAAGCCUCUCUCCUUCUAAGACUCUUUCGACGGCACCAAGAGCUGUCCAAUUUAAUCAAGAACACGGCCAUGAAGGCCCCGGUGAGCAAGAAGAAAAUGGACAAUUCCCUCCUUAAGCAAGGUGCUAGCAAAAAGGUGGUCAAACACCAAGUUGGUGGGUCUAGUAAAGCCUUUAAAAACCCAGAGCAUGCCUUUUCCUUUAAUGCCCUAUGCAUCAUACUCAAGGCGUGCCUCAUAGAUCAAGUUCCUGCCCAUCAAGGUGCCUUAACCUUGUUAAGAGAUGAUACUUACUUUGUGCGAUACCUUUUGCGAGUGUUAAAUGAAAAGCAAUCUUCUUUGGAGCGAACUCUAUCUGCUCGAGGGGAAGAGGAAAACAAUCUCUCCGAUGUGAUCUUCAAGCAUUUGAGCUCCAUUGGCAAAAUGUUAGUUAACAAUUGCCUUUUCAACGACGAAUCCGAUGAAAACUUGAGCCUCUCGUCCCUAGAAUGCCUUCUAAGGAAUCUGCAGAUCGUCACCAAAUAUUACGAACCCAAAUUGAAGAUAUACUUGACACAAUUGGGGCUGCCUGGUCGAUCUUCUGGAGAGAUUUUGGACCAGUUGAUGGACGGCGUGUUUGCACAAAUCACCAGCGUUCAAGACCUUGUGGAUAAGCAUGACCAAGACGAAGACGCCGCCAAAGUUAUCGGCCACUUAUUUCAGAUUGCACAAGUUCUUCUUCAUCAAUAUCCAGCCCACAUGAACUCCAAUCUGGACGACGGUUUGAAGAAAGUCAGCGAUUGGACGAGAAAGUACGGCGAAAGCUCGGCCACGACGGACCCCAAUGUAUUGAAGCCAUUCUUGAACUUGCUGUUCGAUGCUAAUCGAGUGUUCAAGCCCAACUCGGGUCUUCACUUGGACAUUGCCCGAGAGAUUCAUUCUAAAUUAGGAGAUCUGAACGAGACACUACAGACGGAUGACGAGCGAUCAUUUGCUUUCAUCUCCAAAGAAUCUGGGGAAACCGUGCUCCAAGUUUUGAUUGGUUCAGUCGAAUCCGCUUUGGAAUCUGCGGACAUUGUGAUUUCCCGGAGUAAGCAAUUGAUCAGUUCCGAGUCUUGGAACCCAAGAAUGAAUGAAGAUCAAAUCGCGGAUUGUGAGAAGAUGCUUUGCCAAAUUUUGGCCCGGAGUAUCAACACUUUCUUGGAGCUGUCACAAAGCGGAUUGAAAUUGGGAGCACUUCUUGACCAGCUGUUAAAAUCUUUGAUCAAACUGUACACGACUUUGGACAAUUUGGCCAAGUAUUUCUUCAUGCGGUGCAAGGUUGACAAAGACGUCAUUGUGGUAUCCAAAUUCGACAAGGUGGUAGAGAUCUCAAAAAACGUCACCAAACACUUAUACGAAGUCAUAAACCACAUCGAGAAAAAAGCCAGAGACGUGGCCGACGAUAACGCCUCGAAGAAGAAGGGCGACUCUGCCACGAGGAACGUGAUCAACAAAGAGGCCCGCACUAUUCCUAACCUGAUCUUCAAAAUCGAGCAAUUCGAGAAUGAUUUAAUCAAGAUCGGCUCGCGGUGCAAAAUCGACUUCAAAUUGAAAGCGUCCGUCUCCCGAGAUUUCCGGAUGGACCAAGACAAGUUACGACAAGACGUCAAUGACGAUUCGACCAUGAGCGACGGCGACGAAUCGAGUCACCAUCUAGCCGAAUCCACGCGGAUCCAGGAGUCGCAGCAUCAAGGUUCACAAAGCACCAAUUCGAGCACUCAAGCAUCCAUUUUGAAAGGAGGCAACAUUGAGCCGCCCAACAAAAAGCUCAAAGUCAAGAUGUCCUUCCGGGCCCACGAUUAAGCCAGGACUAUUGUAAUCAUUAUUGUUUUCAUGUUCAUUUGAUCCAAAGAAAUCCUAGUACGGCAAAGCAUG